UCGGCAACAAACAAUUGGGAUUAUCAGCAGAGAUGCAAGAAUUAAGAGAGCAACGAUUGGUAAAUCAUGAAGAGAUAAUCGAAUAUAUAUCUAAAUAUGAUAAAUUAAUAGAAGUCAAAGAGGAAGGAGCCGAAAUAAGAGAGUUCAUGGAAUCAUUGUCCGAAGAGAAACGAAAAGAAUUAUACCCGACGGUUGAUGAAUUUCUACGGAGUUUGCAAAAUGGGAAUGGAACGGAAAAUCAAAAAAAUAUUAAAAUGGAGGAUCAAGAUGGAAAAAGGGAAGAAGAUCAAAAAGGCAUAAAUAUGGAGGACGCGUUUAUAGAGAAUGAAGAUGAGGAUUUGAAUUCAUUUUUGAGAGAAAGCGAAUGGACGGAAGAAGAUGCGGAACUUAUAGAGAGCAUCAAAAUUCAGCCCAGAGAAUAUAGACCAGGUUUCGAAGGUCGAGCUAUGCCAAAGUUAGUGCAAAUAUUCGAAAGCGGUUCGACUGAUAAACUUCCAAAAAAAUUCAAAUGCAAGCUAGGAAGACGGCAAGUCAACCCCAGGGCGAACAGUAAGAUCAAGAAAUAUGUUGCGUCAUAUGGUUUUCAACCGUCACCUAUGCUCGAUGG